AUGUCUGUUCUCAAUUUUAUUGCUCGUAUUGAUUGGCGACGACGCAGUAAGUUCGGUGUGGACAUGUAUGAAUCUUCAUUUUUCUUCUUCUUGGGUCUUUCGUACGGCUUCGUUCAAAUAGGGGUGCAGCAGUUCAAGGUUAUGUUUGACACCGGAGGAUUUAGUCGGUGGAUUCCUUCUAGCAGGUCUGCCGCUGACCACUUCCCAAAUCGAGUAAAGUACGAUGAGAACUCACCUACCCGGACCUCAUUAGAGAAACAAUACGUGGUAAGCUACAGCGGUGAGCAAUACGAGGGAAACGUCGUAAUGGAUAAUAUUUUAAUUGCAGGGCAAUCCGUUGAACAGUUUACAUUAAAUGAAAUGAUCUGCUCUUCUAUUACCGUGGAUGCAAGCGUGGGACACGACGGAAUAUUUGGGAUGAGUAAACCCUCCAAAGGUCCGAUGGGAAAGGAAAUAUUUGAAGUUAAUUUGCUUGAUCAUUUCCUUGCUGUGGGCACGGUGCAAGAAGCUGUAUUUACAUUUCGGUUUUGCGGUCAACCAGGUAUGCGUCGAUUUUCGUGGUUCGUCAAUGGAGACCUGAUUUUUGGAGGUGUGCGAGACGAGUUCCACCAUCUGCCGAUUGUCUAUCUUCCAACAUACCAGUCGAAACAGUGGAUGGUUUAUAUUGACAGUAUUGUAUACGGAGACGUAAUUCUCUGUAUGUCCUGUUAUGCACUGUUGGAUACCGGAACUCCAGGUACUCGUGCUCCUGGCAAAGCACUACAAAUGCUUCUACAAGACUCUGUCGUGGAGGUAUAUGAUGCUGCAGUGCUGCAUGUUCCCCAUCAACGUCUUCCAUACCUCCUGCCAAUUACUAUAAACCUGCGUUCCCACGCGUUCACGCUGCAUCCUGAGCAGCUCGUUAGACCUGUCGGCAACGUAUAUGUGUUCGCAAUAGACGGGACGCAAGACGCUAGCGAAAACAACUGGCUAAUCGGAAUAUCCUUCCUCCGCCAUUUUCACACAAUAUUUGAUCAACAAAACAACCGAGUGGGUUUUGCUGCAGUAAAAUGUUGA